AACUUUCUAUGGCCAACUUUCUAUAUGUCGGUUCAAAUAUAUACCCCCAAUAUAAUGGACCCUAAACCGGAAAUGUAACUCACUUUUCGAAUGAAGCGAAAUUGUUGUCUUCGUGUGAUCAGUGAGACUAUUGCAAGCUCAGUAAUUGUGAAGGAUGUGACAUUAACAGUAGUAUAUAGCAAGCAGAUGUAUGAUCUGUAAUAACCUUUUGAAGAGUCAUAACACGGUUUUCUGAUAAUUUCUGGAAUGGAAUGUGGUUGAAGGUCCUUGUUUGUGUGGCAAUCCCUUCCAUCAUAGCAUGGGUAACAACAGUCUCUUGGCCUAGAAUUUGGAAUGUGGAACCAGGUCAAUUAUUUUGUGACAAAUAUGGAAAAUCAUGUCAUCGCAUCUGUCCAGCAGGCUUUUUCCAUUUACCAUCAAUGUCCAAUCAGUGUCAUCCAUUGCUCACAUGCCAUGACCUUCAGAAUGGCAUUGUAAAGGUCAAUGUCAUUGGAGCUGGAGCAGUUAAACAGGUGUCCUUAGCAUCAUGGAAAGGUCACAUGAUAGCAAUGAAUGAACCAAUCACAGAACUGUAUUUAAAAGAUUACAGAUAUGGACUGGAUAUGCUCCAACAUCUUCAAGGUCAUCCAGAGGUCAUCCAGUUUCUUGGAUCGUGUAAUGAUGUUUACUUCACACAAUACCACAAAUUUGGUUCAGCUGACCAGCUGGAAAAUAUUCUCAGUGACCUUGACUCUGGACAUCCAGAUACCAUGGCAACAAGAUUUAAUCUUUGUCUGAAUUACAUAAAGAUUCUCAACUUCCUACAUACAAAUAAACUCGGGACCUUGGUCAUGUGCGAUUCCAGUGACCUUGACAAAACCUUAAAACAGUAUCUUAUUACUGAUGACCUGGCAUUGGUACUCAAUGAUGUAGAUUCCUUGGCAAUGGUCCAUCACUCAGCAGGUCAACUAAUUAAAUGUGGUCAUCGUCAACUUGGAGGAGAAUUUGUAGCUCCAGAACAAUUAUGGCCCCAUGAUACAGAGUUCAGAGAUGAGGCGAUGCAGCCAUAUGAUGAGAAAUCAGACAUCUGGAAAAUUCCUGAUGUCUGUAACAAUUUUAUCGAUAGAGGCAGUGAUGCUGUGAAAGUUAAACUGGAUUUGUUUAGUAUUCAUUCUGCUUGCAAGGAAGAACAAGCAUCAUUUAGGCCCACUACAGCUGAUGUUUUACAGGAAUAUGAAAGAGUAUGGAAUAGUAUAGAUAAAUCUAAUGUCUGACUCUAUUCAGCUGUUUAGCCCAUAAUCAUCACCUUUCAUCUGAUGAUCAUAUUUAAUAAAGGUUUAAAAAUGGAA